AUGGAUACCCUUCACGCAAGAGCAGAUUGGGAGAGCGUAGGGGACAAGUGGUUUCGCAAGACUCAACAAUAUACCGAGGUGUUUGACCAAGAUUUGGAUCUUGACAAUUACAUCGUCGCUGGAGCCCCGUAUGCCGGCGCAUUAGCGUUAUGGCGAGACGACUCAAAGCUGCAGGCAUACCAACCUGGGCGAUCGACAAAACCCGCCAUUGAUAUUUACAGCCUGGCAGGAAAGAAACUCCGCUCCAUUCCUUGGGAGAACAGCCACAUCAAAGGGCUUGGCUGGUCAGAAGACGAGUCACUGUUAGUCGUGACCGCUGACGGUGAUGUACGGUGCUACGAUUUGCAAGGAGACUUUAGUAAUUUCUCUUUGGGUCAUGGUGCCGACAACUAUGGCGUUGAGUCAUGCCGCUUUUACGACAGCGGUAUGGUGGCUUUGUUGGGAAACAACACGUUUCUCACAGUAUCAUCAUACUCUGAACCACGUCCAAGACUUCUGGCAGCCACCCCAGAGGCUGAAAUUCAUUCAUGGGCAAUCAUCUCACCAGACCACACUCUGUCUCGGUCUGUUGAAGUUCUGUUGAGUGUCGGAUCUACGGUGUACGUGGUAGAUGCCACGGACUGCGAAGAUCGCUAUGUCGAUAGCGGGCCAUUCAGCCACAUCAGCGUAUCUCCAGAUGGUCGAUUCGUGAACCUGUAUUCAAAAACAGGGACCGCACACGUCAUUACCAGCGACUUUCAAGAACCGCUCUUUGAACACAAUUCUGACUCACAAACACCCCCGCAAUACGUUGAAUGGUGUGGAACGGACGCCCUGAUAGCAUGGGAAGACGAAGUACAUAUCAUUGGCCCUGGCGAUCAGUCGUCGUCUUACAUCUAUGAUAGCACGAGAGUACAUGUCAUUUCCGAGUAUGACGGAGCACGGCUCAUCACGAAUGACUUUUGUGAAUUUCUGGAGAGAAUACCGGCAGAUACACUGGACGUGUUUGGCCACUCAUCUGAGUCUUCGCCGGCCUCGAUUUUGCUGGAUGCGGUCACCCAACUCGAACUGGAAUCACCAAAAGCAGAUGACUACAUUCAACUCAUACGCCCCAAUCUAACUGAAGCCGUGGACAUAUGCGUCAAUGCGGCGGGUCGUGAGUUUGACAUCAAGUGGCAAAAACGACUUUUGAAAGCGGCCUCGUUUGGCAAGUCAGUAUUGGACAUUUACAACAGCGAUGAUUUCGUGGAUAUGUGCGAGACGUUGCGAGUUUUAAAUGCCAUCCGCGACUACAAUGUGGGGAUGCCUCUGUCUUUUGAGCAGUAUCACCGGCUCACACCCGAGAGAAUACUGCAACGCCUCCUUCAGAGACAUGACUAUUUACUUGCCUUGAAGAUUGCGGGGUAUCUGAAGCUUCCCACUGACCGCAUAUAUGUACACUGGGCGUCAACAAAGGUACGUAACGGCGCCGAAGAUGAAGACACCAUCUGCCGACUUGUAGUCGAGAGACUGUCUGGCAAACCAGGAAUAUCCUUUGAGGAGAUUGCAAGGGCAGCCUAUCAUGAAGGACGUGGACGUUUGGCGACAGAACUCCUGAAUCAUGAACCCCGAGGGGGCAGACAAGUACCCCUCCUCCUGGAUAUGGAGGAGGAUGAACUCGCACUCGACAAGGCAAUCGAGAGUGGGGAUAGCGACCUGAUCUUGUCGGUGCUCCUAAAACUGAAGAAGAAGCUGCCAUUGGCGUCAUUCUUUCGGGUUAUUAACUCGCGGGCUACAGCCACGGCGAUGGUGGAGUCCUUAGCCAUUGCUGAAGGAGACAACAGCGUGCUUAAAGAUUUGUAUUAUCAAGAUGAUCGCAGGGUAGACGGAGCGAAUGUUUUCAUUCGUGAAUCCUUGCAGCAGCCGGAUGCUCGAACUGCCGCGGACAAACUUGCCCUGGCUGCUAAGCUACUUUCCGAUUCUAAAGACUAUCUGACGGAGCUAUAUGCUCUGAAGGAAACGACAACGUUACUGCGGAUGCAAGAGACUUUGGAUCGCGACUUGACCGACUCGUUUACCGGACUGAGCGUCAAUGAGACCAUGUUCAAGCUUAUUCGACUAGGCUACCAUGGCCGAGCAAAGAAGAUUCAAAGCGAAUUCAAAGUUCCAGAGAAAGUUGCAUGGUGGAUUCGUCUGCGCGCACUGGUUGCAAAACGAGACUGGAGCGAGAUUGAGGAGACAUCCAAGAUAAAGAAAAGCCCAAUCGGCUGGCAGCCAUUUUACAAUCUUGUUUUACAAGCCGGAAAUCCCCGAUUAGCCGCUCUAUUCGUCCCAAAAUGCACGGGUCUAGAACCCGGCCAGUCGAUCACCAUGUAUGAGAAGUGCGGAAUGCGGGUGAAGGCGGCCGAGGAAGCCAUCCGUCUCAAGAACGUACCUGCGUGGGAGAGACUACUCGAGGCGGCGGGGAGGGACUCACAUGAAGGCCGUGAGAUUGAACGGCUUGGGAAUGCAGCGUUUAGACGGUGA